UAGAAAUAAAAAAUUACCAUGUUGAAAAGGACUACAAACAAAGUCGAAGCCUAAACCCAUGCAAAGCGCUCUAACUUUAGCCUUCUCUUUCCCUCCGACCUCAGUCAUCGGCACCGCAUGUUCCCUCAGUUCGUUGAAUCUUCACUCUCUCUCUCUCUCUCUUUGUGAUUUUAUUUUAAUAAAUCACAAUUAGAAAGAGAUUUGUAGAAACGUUGAUCGAAUUUGGGAAAAGGCUCCCUAUCUCUCUCUCUCUCUUUUGGACUCAAAUGACUUGCAGUUGUAUAAGCUUGGUUCAUGAACAACUGGCAACUGAUUUAAGUAAAGUGCUUUAUAUACGUUAACCUCCAUGGAUUUCUCGCUCAAGAAAUCGUUCAAGUCCCACGGUUCCUAUAAUAAACACACCAAGAAGAUCUCCGCAGGUGGGGGUUCCCAAACCAGUCACGAACAGCUACCUAUUCUCUCAGAUCAAGACAUUGUCGAAGAUCGUCACCCCCAUAUUUCUAACCAGAUCAUGAACGACGAUUCCACUGACCGGAGCGAGGUCAUUGUAAAAGUCGACGAAGGUGGUGAUUCCAUGGCCGCCGGAGACCCUUCUAAAAAUGCCGGAAAGUAUUGGCGGGAAACUAGCUAUGAUGUAUGGAAGGACCCUUCCGGAGACAAUGUAAACGACAGCAGUGGAGAGGGUGGCGAUGGGAAGAGAAAGAGUUUUAAUUUUGUGCCAGGUAGUAAGCAACAGCAGCAGCAGGGGAUGGAGGAUCCUCCGUCGAAGUUGAUUGGGCAGUUUUUGCAUAAGCAGAGGGCUUCAGGGGACAUAGCAUUAGAUAUGGAUUUGGAGAUGGAGGAGCUCCGCAACAGCCAUGAUCGGGAUUUGCCGCCUUUGGCUGAGUCUCCGAUGAAUGUUUGGCAGUCGAGGGAGCUGAGGGUGUCGUUUAACCCUCCGUUAACGUCGGCGGAUGCCUCCGAUGCAUCUCAGAUAACCGAGUCGAUGCGGCGGCGGUACAAGGAGUCGCCGGGCGACGAGGAGAGUCAAGGACAACAGGGGCAACCUAAUCAUGAUGAGGAAGAGGUUGUGAGGUGUACGUCAAACGCGUCGUUUCAGCGCGAGAUUUCGUUUCAAAGUGGGUCUAGUUUGUUACGGGUAAGGACCAAGUCCAGGCUUAUGGACCCGCCCGAUGAUCCGGAUAGGCGAGCGGAUCGGGUUCCCAGGUCUGGGCAGAUUCCUAAGUCGGGUCAGGUGCAGAAGUCGGGCCAGAUGAAAUCUGGGUUUUUGGGGAAGACUAUGGAGGAGGAAGAGGACGACCCGUUUUUGGAUGAGGACUUACCCGAUGACUUCACUAGGUCGAAUCUUAGUGCCUUGACUCUGAUUCAAUGGGCUAGUUUGGUUUUGAACAUUGGAGCAUUAGCUUGUACGCUUUCGGUACCAUAUUUAAGGAACAAAAACUUGUGGAAGUUGAAGCUAUGGAAAUGGGAGGUCUUGAUUGCGGUUCUGAUUUGUGGGAGGUUGGUCUCGGGUUGGGGGAUUCGGAUUUUGGUUUUCUUCAUAGAGAGGAAUUUUGUUUUGCGUAAAAGGGUUCUGUAUUUCGUUUAUGGUAUUAGAAAAGCUGUUCAGAAUUGCUUAUGGCUGGGCCUUGUUUUGAUUGCUUGGCACUUUUUGUUUGAUAAAAAAGUUGAGAGAGAGACUAGAAGUGAGGGUCUCAAAUACGUGACUAAAGUAUUGGUUUGUUUUUUGGUGGGUACUUUGCUUUGGUUGGUGAAGACCCUCAUAGUAAAAGUGCUUGCUUCUUCAUUCCAUGUUAGUACCUACUUCGAUAGAAUUCAGGACUCGCUUUUCAACCAGUUUGUGAUUGAAACGCUUUCGGGUCCACCAUUGAUUGAGAUUCACAAAACAGAGGAAGAGGAUGAGAGACUUGCCGAUGAGGUUCAGAAGCUCCAGAAUGCUGGGGUCACUAUACCACCUGACCUUAAGGCUGCGGCUUUGUCAUCCGGGCUUACUCCCCCGAGAGCGAGUCGAGUCAUCGGGAGUGGACGGUUGUCGAAGACAAAGAAUAGUGCCAAACUCUCUCGGGUACUUAGCAAGACGCCAGAGGGAAUAACAAUUGAUCACUUGCAUAAGUUGAAUCCCAAGAAUGUAUCCGCCUGGAAUAUGAAAAGGCUUAUGAAAAUGGUGCGAAAUGGUUCUCUUACUACGCUUGAUGAGCAGAUUUUGGAUACGACCCAUGAUGAUGAUUCUGGUAAGCAUAUCCGGAGUGAAGUUGAGGCCAAGGCUGCGGCCAAGAAGAUAUUUCAUAAUGUGGCUAGGCGGGGCUCCAAGUUUAUCUACCUUGAGGAUUUGAUGCGUUUCAUGCGAGAAGACGAGGCUCACAAGACCAUGAGUCUCUUUGAAGGGGCAGCUGAGACGCAAAGAAUCAGCAAAUCUUCCCUGAAAAACUGGGUGGUUAAUGCAUUCAGAGAGCGGAGAGCCCUAGCCUUGACACUAAAUGACACCAAAACUGCUGUCAACAAACUUCAUCACAUGGUGAACAUAAUAGUUGCUAUUGUUAUAGGAGUCAUAUGGCUUCUUGUACUGGGAAUUGCCACUAGCAAAUUUCUACUUUUCGUCAGUUCGCAGCUAGUCCUUGUUGCAUUUGUUUUUGGAAACACUUGCAAGACAGUUUUUGAAGCCAUUGUUUUCUUAUUUGUGAUGCACCCUUUUGAUGUCGGAGACCGGUGUGAAAUUGAUGGAGUUCAGAUGGUUGUAGAAGAAAUGAACAUCUUAACUACAGUUUUUCUAAGGUAUGACAACACGAAGAUAAUAUUCCCCAAUAGUACUCUUGCCACAAAGGCCAUCAACAACUUCUACCGUAGUCCAGACACAGGAGAUGGUAUUGAAUUCUGCAUCCACGUAGCUACUCCGGCAGAUAAGAUCGCCGCUGUGAAACAGAGAAUAACGAAUUAUGUUGAGAGCAAGGUGGAGCAUUGGUAUCCUGCGCCAAUGAUUAUAAUGAAGGAUCUUGAAGAACUAAACAGGGUAAAAAUGGCUGUCUGGUUGUGCCACAAAAUGAACCACCAAGACAUGGGUGAAAGGUAUUCAAGAAGAUCUCUUCUGAUAGAAGAGAUGGUUAAGACAUUCCGGGAACUUGACAUUCAAUAUCGCCUUCUUCCGAUGGACAUUAAUAUCUGCACCAUGCCAACUGUGACCUCUACUCGGCUUCCCAAUAAUUGGACUGCAACUACAAGCUGAGAAAAUGAAGAAGACUACCUAACAGUAACUUGAUAACCACUGAGCCAAGGAAAGGAAGUGAGAGAGUCCCGGAGGCGGUUGGAUUGUGUUCAUAAGAAAGAGUAGUAGGAUUUUAUGUAGAGAAUUAUGUUGUUUUAGUUGGUUGAGCUCCAGAGGAAUUACGAAUUAGUGGCUUCUAAUGCAAACAGAGAACUUUAGCUGAUUUGUUUUUGUUUACGUUUUGUAUGUCUUGUUAGUUUAUGAAAUAAUAUCAAUUUUACGAUUUUGUGUAAA